CUGGGACCUGAGGUCCAGAGCGCGGCUUCCCUGUGGGUGGUGCGAUGGGUUGCGGGAACUCCACGGCCACUAGCGCGGCUGCCGGCCGAGGUAAGCAGGGCUGCGGGAAAGACAACACAGAAGACUCGAUAACCGAAGACGACAAGAGGAGAAACUAUGGAGGUGUGUAUGUUGGCCUGCCCUCCGAAGCUGUCAACAUAGCGUCCAGCCAAGCAAAGACGAUACAAAAAAAGGAAGAUAACACAAUGGCUGGAAACUCAAGAGUUUGCUCAUGAAUUUGGAAGGAACUUGGCUCCUGGGACACUGUAUGAACACAGAGAUAUCCUCAAACAAAUUCUGAAAGGUUGUCUCUGCUAUGCCACCUCGACCAAAUCCUAGCUGUGUAGUUAAAGCCAUGUGUCUGUACUGGAUGUGUGGUCAUAGAAGGGACUUUGUGCCACCCACCAAUGAGAGACCGUAAAGGCUGUUGCUACCCGGCCUGGGCCAGCCGGCUCCACACCGUGAUGUUUCCCUUCUGGCCACUCAGCACAGUUCACCAAGCGCAUGUCUGUUCACUAAUAAUCUUUUGAUAGUUUUUAUAUGACACAAUCCUUGUUGGAUUUAUAACAUGGUUGUAGGGCCACAUAAAGGAAUUACCUGAAGUAAUAUAUCGCCUCUUGUCUUCAAUGUUUUUACAUCAUUACUUUUUAGCUGUAAAGUUACUA